AUGUUCUUAUAUUUCCUUCUCUUUUUAUUCACGUUAACUUAUAUUAAUAAUACAUUAAAUAUAAAAAAGAAAACACCCCUCUUUAAAUUUCCAUAUUUUAUUAAUACAUAUAUAACAUAUAAUAAUAGUAAUAAGAGACGACGUAUAAGAACCUUUCCUUAUUUUGCAAGGAAAGAAACGAAUCGUCAUGUGAUUUAUAGAAAAAGAUUUGAGAGAGAUUUGAAGUAUGCACUACAAUCUAUAUUUUAUAAACAAGGUAUUAAAUUAAAUUAUAAAUAUCAUAUCGAUGAAGAUAUUAUUGAGGGAAUAAGUGUAUAUAAGGUUGAAUUAAAUUCAGAUUGUUCUGUAGCUAAAGUUUUUGUUGAAAUUAUGGGAGAUUCCAUAGACGCAAGGCAGGGUUAUAUUUGGAUAAAACGAAAUACCAAAGAUAUUCGCUACAAAUUAGCUCAACUAAUUAAAGAGAGAAAACGAGUUCCUUUUCUCAACUUUGUUUUAUGCAACCUAAGUGAACAAACACAAUUACUUUGUGAGAUGGAAAAUAUAAAAGAAUAUUAUUCAGACUUAUUUAAGGAUGAAUUAACAAAUGACACAGAAGAAUAG